UCACAUAAUCAACAAAAACAAACGAAAAAAUGUUGCGGCGAAUUUCCUUUUUUGCGGGUUUAGUAAAACCUCGCUUAUGCCCUAAACCAAUUUUUAGUCAAAUAAAUUUAGUGAGACACAGUUCAGCACUACCAAAACCCGCUGACACUCUUUCCAUCACAAAUCCAAAUGUCCAAAAAUAUUUGGAGAGUAUCCGGGUGGAAUUUUACGCCUUGAAAGUCGGCGAAAAUCUCACAAGGGACCAACGAAAACGGAUGAGAAUGCUGUCUGACGUCGUCGAAUUGGUAGAACAACGAAACGUUUUGCUCAAAAACAUCAGCAGCUUGAACGACAUGAAAGACGAGAAGGACGAAGAGAUGAUGGCUCUCGUGAAGGAAGAACGUGAAGUUUAUUCAGAAAUGCUGACAAAAAUGGAAGAAGACAUCAUUCAACAAUUAUUCGAAAUGGACGACAGCGAAGAUUACGAAUCGUUUAUGUUGGAAAUCGCUGCUGGCGUCGGAGGACAAGAAGCGAUGCUCUUUGCCAACGAAAUGUUCGACAUGUACACCAAAUUUUGCCUUUACAAGGGAUGGCAAUGCGAAAUUCUCUCAUUUGACGAGUCAGAUGUCGGCGGAUGUCGUCAUGCGUGUUUGUUAGUAACGGGCGACGAUGCUUUUCGCUGUUUGAGACUCGAAGGAGGCGUUCAUCGGGUCCAACGAGUUCCUGCAACGGAAAAAAGUGGCAGAAUUCACACGAGUACCGUAUCUGUGGCGAUAAUUCCGCGCCCGGAUGACCUCAAUAUCGACAUCCAAGAGAAAGAUUUGAAAAUUGAGACGAAAAGAUCAAGCGGAGCCGGCGGACAAAGUGUAAAUACAACCGAUAGUGCCGUGCGAGUAGUUCAUUUGCCAACGGGCAUUGCUGUGGAAAACCAAACGGAACGAUCGCAACACAAAAAUAAGGAAUUAGCGAUUCGGAGACUGAAAGCGCGACUUAUUCAGGCACACAUUGAGAAACAAUCGAGCGAAGUGAAUUCGUCGAGAAAGAGUCAAGUCGGCACAAGUAAUAGAAAUGAGAAAAUUCGCACUUAUAACUUCAAUCAGGAUCGAAUUACGGACCAUAGAAUUGAAGGAGGGACCGUUCACAACUUGAAGGGCUUCUUGAAUGGCGGACACGAGCUGGAAACGAUAAUUUCUCGCGUUAAUUCCAGCUUGAGACGGAAACAUUUGAUGGAAAUUAUUAGAAAUAUGAAAUAA